GACAAGUACUACAUAUGUAAUAUGGGUUGGCUAUCAUUGCCAACGAAUACUAUCGAAGGGAAAACGGCUACGUGAAGGAAAUGUUUUAAGUCAUAUCAGUUUAGUUAAUAAGGGUUCGUUUGAUGUCUGUUCAGGUUCAGUUAGUUCCGAACGAUACGGGUAGUAACAUUUCAUUAUUCGCAAGUGUCAUAUCUAAUCCGGCUAGUUCGAAUCAAACCGUCCUCGCCGAACAAUGAAGAACCUAGUCCGUGCUACAAAUUAUCUUGCUGUGCUAGUUUUAGUCACCUGUAAUCCUUUACACUAUGAGAUGCCUACAGCGUUGGUAAAUGGAGUUGAUCGGUUCAGCAUCGAUCAUCGGUGGUUUGAGUUGUUGGAUAGCGAUGCUCAAAAACAGAACAUCACGAAAUUGCGAAUUUUUUCUAAUAUGGUGAAGAAUGGAAUCGACACUAUUGGGCCGAUUAUGAAGAAACAAUUAAGAAAUAAUGAUGAUAGUGAAAUGGUUCAUGGAGAAACAAGUGAAGGUUCUAUUACCAGUCAAACCAUUCCAGUUACUUCGUUUACCGAAGAAGAUGGUAGUACAGCAGAGGGAUUGACGGAUGUAACGCAAAUGACUGAUUCGGAAGCGACAGGUCCAACGAGUGACCUUGAGGAAAAUUCAUCUACCAGUGAAAAAAAUAUUAUCCCCACGGUUGUGACCAAUUCGGAGGAAGUGACCACCACCAAUGAAGUGGGCAAUACUGUAGAUGGCUCAACGGAGACUUCGGAAGUAACGGGUUCGUCAAGUGUUACUGAGGAGAGCUCUAUCACCACCGAAAUUUCAAUAGAUACUUCGGAUGUAACCACCAGUCCCGAGGAAGUGACAACCACGGACACUUCGAAAACAACUGAUUCAGGAGAAGCGAGUUCCACAAGUGCUACUGGGGAAAACUCAAUAACCACCGAAACUACGAUUGUUACUUCGGAAGUGAUCAGUUCCGAGGAAACGACUGCCACUGAAGUUAGUAGUACUCAAGAUAGUUCAACAGAUGCUUCGAAAACUACUGAUGCAGGUACAACGGGUGGUUCUGAACCUUCUGUCACCACGGAAGCAAUAACAGUUUCUUCCGAUGGUACUACUCCCGGAGAUAUCACAGUGACUUCUACCACUCUUUUGGAAACAACAACAACAGAUAAAUCUUCUACAACCACUGUUGCCAACGCGGGAACGUCUACGGUUUCUACUAACGGUACAAACACCGAAGAAACAACUACAGUAGCACAAACUUCCUCCACAACAAAGACUGUGACUACCACGCCAAAACCUGGAGCAGCAAGUGCCCGGACCAGUAGCUUGUUCUGCAUUUUAUCUAGUGUGGUUCUGAUGUUGUUACGGAUAGUCUAUUGAACAACUUCAGCGUUUAAGGCCAAUAUGCCAUCUAUCACAACCCACUUUAAAAAUUUAAUUGCAGGCUAACUAUGACAAAUUAUGUGUAAACUUUGAACUUUCAGCGCGAACUGAAUUCUUCGGAACUUGGAUCUUGACAGAUGGGUUAUUGGCCGUUGUGAUCAUAAAAGUUAGUUUCUUUUAUUCGUUAGGAUUAAUCAAAACGUUUAAUUCAUGCCAAAUCAGCUAAAUAACCUCGCGCUAUUCGUUGGUAUUGUAUGAGGAGAACAAAUUGAAUUGUUUGUGUGUAAUAAUUAAUCGGGCUAGUGCUGUCCAAGGAAGAAAUGAUUUAUAUUCUGCGUCGAGCAACGGUGCUAGUGAACAUCUUAAUGCAUUUUUGCCGUUAUGAAAAGUAAUCGUCUUAUACCAAUUCGCCACUAGAGGCGUUUCGAGUUACUCAGUAAUCGUGAUGGUAAUUCAUGCGUGCAAAAUCGUUAAUGUCAGAGACAAAACCGGAUUAACGUACGGAUAGAACUGACAUGCAUCCUGCGCAUUAACAUCGCUCUGAUGAGUGUACUUCGAAUAGCUACAUAAUUCCAAAAUAAUAUAGGUUGUACAGAUAUAAUUUCAUUUGUAAACUGGUGAAGAUAUUUUUCAACUAAUGAAAAUAUAUGAUCGAUAAUAAACAAAAUACAUCGAGACUA